AUGGCUAUGGAUUCUGCUGCUUUUGCCCAUCAGGACCAAGGUCCAACCAUUCUAGCAGUAUGCUGGCUCUUGGUCAUCUUCCCCGGUCUGAUCGUUGCUCUGCGGAUUUGGUGUAAGACUGUGUUGAGUCGCAGAGGCUUUGGUGUGGAUGAUAUGAUCGUUCUUCUCGCAUGGACACUACUUUUGAUUUACACAGUUCUCAUUACAAGGGCUGUGAAAUUGGGAGUAAUUGGCAAACAUGUCAGUGCAAUUGAAGAGACAGAGAACAUUCCAGCCGCUCUUAAAAUGAUAUACAUCGGCUUUGUGAUUGUUAUCCUUGGUUGUGUGUUUAGUAAGACGUCGUUCGCCUUUACACUCUUGCGCAUUGUGACCCGUACAUGGAUGAAGGUUCUUCUGUGGUUUAUCAUCAUCACAAUGAAUGCUGUCAUGUGGCUCUGUGCCGUAUGCUAUCUGGCUCAGUGCUCACCGACUGCUGCGCUAUGGAACUCCAAGCUCCUAGCUACAGCCAAAUGCUGGCCAACCGAGGUGUUUGAGAACAUUGCUCUCGUGGCUGGAGCUUACUCCGGAUGCAUGGACUUUAUCCUUGCCCUUCUUCCUUGGCUUAUCAUCUGGAAUCUGGAGAUGCAGAAGCGCGAUAAGAUCGGUAUUGCUCUCGCCAUGAGUAUGGGUGUUGUUGCCGCCAUCGCAGCAUUCGUUAAGACCUCCAAACUGGUCAAUGUUGCUCAAGUUCAGGACUUUACCUAUUUCUGCUCCAGCAUCGUCAUCUGGGCCUCUGCCGAAACCGGUCUCACAAUCUUUGCCGCUUCGAUUCCUGCUCUUCGAAUCCUCCUCGUCCGCAUCCGCUCCAGCUACCGAGAAUCUGAAGAAACAGACGGCACUUACCCUCUCAGUAACAAAUCUGGUAUCGAGACAACACAAGAAGUGAGACUUUCCCAUGAUCGUGGUGUGAGUGAGGAAAGAAGUAUUGAGCGGGGUGAGAAUGAGGCACGUUGA